AUGUUCUCUACUGAACGACUUAUCCUGCGAGCCACUCGACCCAGUGACGACGAGGACAUGCUCAAGCUCUACAACGACGAACGCGUCGCGCCAUGGAUAACAGAGGGUUACCUCGUCCCCAAGCAACCCGGCUACAUGGAGAAAAUCAGAACCUUCGUCGACUCAUCUCUUCUGUUUGUCGUCCUGGAGGAAAAGGAAACCGGAGCAUUCGUUGACGCUACAGGUUUUGUACACCAGCCCGAACCGAAAAAUCGCAAUGCAGUCAUUUUCAUCGCUCUUACCCAGGCGCACUGGAGCAAAGGCUAUGGCUUUGAAGCCAUGAAUUUCCUCAUUGACUAUGCGUUCCAUAGUAUGAACCAGCACCGAGUGUCCCUAACUGUGUUCGAAGGAAACGAUCGUGCGAUUGACUUGUACCAUCGCCUCGGCUUUGUCGAGGAAGGCAGACACAGAAAGAUUGUGUGGAUGAACGGAGCCUGGCGUGAUACAUACUACAUGGGCAUCCUGGAGGACGAGUGGGCCGAGAGGAGGAAGACCCACGUCACUUCGAAAGGAAAAACUUGA